UUGUUUAUGAAAGUGUUAGUUUGACAUAUUCUCGCAUUUUAACAAAAAAAAAUAUAAAAAAUUUCAUGAAAAACGGAGAAUCGAAUCGAAAACAUAAAUAAGAAGUAAGCGGAAAGAUUUGCCAAAGAAGUGAUAUCGAAAACGACCGCAUACAAAACAUCACUUUAUCCGAUACAUAUAUAUUUAUUUAUAUUUCCAAAGAAUGGAUUUAGCUGCUGCACAAAGAUCUUCUUAACUCAAACGACUAACCAAACAUCAAAACACUUUCAAUCGGCUCGAAUGCGCUGAGCGCCACUUCAUCAAUGUGAUCAAGAAACUAUGCACAUUAUCAAAACAUAUUCCAAUUACUGAAUAACUAUGUAAGUUUAAUGAAAUCCCACAGGAAAAUGUGUGACAAAUAAUGAAAAUAAAGGGAAACAAGCAGAUAGAGAGAGAGAGAGCAACAUUUCUGACUAGUGGACUGUUAUUUCACCCAUAGAUUUAGCAAUUUCAAUCAUGAUACUCAAACACGCUGACAUCAUUCGGGUGGCAAUCAAUAACGGUCGGCAGCUGUAUAUCAUUCGAGAGUAUCACAAUAUUGUUCGGAAAGGCAUUCCGACCAAAUCUUAUUACCGCAAUGACCUUGUUAAACCAAUAUUUGGCGAACUACUUUCGAAAACCAACAGAAGAUUCGAUUCGAUAUAUGGUCAUUUGCGACGUUUCUCGACAACACAAAUUCAUGGCUGUAAUAAAAAUGACGCUCAAAAGAAUUCAACGACAAUUCUGAAAUCGAAAGAUUCGAGUGAUGCAAAUAAAUCAUCAUCGACACCAGACAGACCACUUAACAAACAAGAUAAUAAAAAUGAUAGUGCAGUCAAAAAGAGUCCACAUGAAUUAACCACCAAAGCGGGAAAAUUAAUUGUUUCGGUCGUUGAAGAUAUGAAAAAGGAACCAAACAAAGCAUUAAUAAAUUUACAACCAAAUCAAUUGGAGUCACAGUCACCAACCGAAAAGUCUAUUGAAUUGCUCACAAAGAAAGGAGCACUUCUUGUGCAUGCAACCACAAAAGAUAAUAAACUUGAGCACAUUGUACUGGAACAAAUAACAAAGAAAAAUGAGAAAUCAUCAAAAUCAUCGUUGACGGGUGAUAGUGCAACGGCCAAGCCGUUAAGAAGAGAACGUGUUGAUUUUAGUCGAUCAUCGCUUGAACGAAAUUUUAUAACGCCAGCUCGUGCAAUAUCCGAUUUUCUACUGAAAAUGUCCGAUUUGGAAUCGUUGCCGAAAACGAAACGACGUUCACCGUAUGAACAAGAGCCACCGAUCAUUGUCUAUUGGCGCAAAGAUGUCGAAGCCAAAUCAAUCGAAGUAUGGGGCUCACGUGAAAAUCUAUUGCGCGAAUGUUUAAAACGGGAAAUCGAACGAAAACAACAUCAACAGAAUAUUUUCACGGUUAAACGGCGGCUCAGAGAUUAUCGCCGAGAAAUGGAUCAAAGAACUACCGUUAGCAUUGAAUCGGGUCUGAGGAGCCGAUCGGGUCGUGUAGUUGUAACCGCUAUUGUAAUAAAUGCACUAAAUUUUGUAUUUAAAUUGUGUGCAUGGUUUUAUACCGGAUCGCAUAGUAUGUUUGCUGAAUGUAUACAUUCAUUUGCUGAUACAACAAAUCAAAUAAUUUUAGCGUAUGGAAUUCAUAAGUCGACACAGACCGCUGAUCCUGAUCAUCCAUAUGGUUAUACAAAUAUGAAAUAUGUAUCGUCGUUGAUAUCGGGUGUUGGUAUAUUUUGUGUUGGCACUGGUUUAUCAUUUUAUCACGGUAUUAUGGGUUUGCUAACACCCGUACCGUUGGAAGAUUUCUUUUGGGCAUUUUGCAUUUUGGGCGGUUCGCUAUUGUCCGAAGGUGCCACACUCAUGGUUGCUACGAAUUCGAUUCGUCAAUCGGCCAAAUCGGCGAAUGUUUCGUUUCGAGAAUAUGUGAUGCGCGGAGAAGAUCCAUCUGUAAAUGUAGUAUUAUUUGAAGAUGCUGCCGCUGUGGCUAGCGUUAUACUUGCUGCUACCUGCAUGGGACUAUCAACUUAUACACAAUCAUCAACACCAGAUGCGAUCGGUUCAUUACUAGUCGGAUGCAUGCUUGGCGGUGUCGCUUCAUUCAUCAUUUCAACAAAUGUUCAAGCACUUGUUGGACGGUCAAUACCGGCAGAACAAUUGGACAAAAUCAAUGCUGAACUUGAGAAAGACAUUAUGAUCAGAGCAAUUCAUGAUGUGAAAGGAAUCGAUAUGGGAAGUUCGUUAGUACGAUAUAAGGCUGAACUCGAUUUCGAUGGCAGAGAGCUAACUAGAUAUUAUUUAGAAAAGCAGGACUUAAACCAACUUCUUCAGGAAGUAAAAACGUUUGAAACGGUCGACGAGCUGGAAACAUUUCUUUUAAAGCACGGCGAAAAUAUUGUUGAUCUAAUGGGUGGCGAAAUCGAUCGAAUUGAAAUCAAAUUAAGGAAAAAGUUCCCGGAAGUUAGACAUUGUGAUCUAGAAAUUUUGUAAACACACCGUUUUGCUACGACAUGAUUGAACGAUGUGUUUAGUUGCCAAUGGAACGUCACGCUUAUUUCAAUCAUAGACAAUUGUUUUUUUAAUUUUGAAUUGAGUAUUACUGCUGCUUCCUUCCAACAAAUUAUUUGUUCAUUUUGAAUUCGAUUGCAGAAAAGGCCAGCAAUCAUUUCGUUCUUUUAAUUUAUUUCCAAAUUAAAUGCUGACUUGAAUUUUUCCAAAUAAA